AUGACAACAGAACAACAAACCUCAACACAAGUGACAGAUUCUGCCUCGCAAAUUUAUAAAGCUACUUAUUCUGGUGUUCCAGUUUGGGAGUUCCGGGUCAGAAGUGUCGCUGUUAUGCGCAGGAAGACUGAUUCAUGGCUUAACGCUACACAGAUUCUGAAAGUUGCUGAAUUUGAUAAACCACAUAGGACCAGGAUCCUGGAACGCGAAGUACAAAAAGGUGAACACGAAAAAGUUCAAGGAGGUUACGGAAAAUAUCAAGGAACGUGGGUGCCAUAUCAAACGGGCGUCGACUUGGCAGAAAGAUAUCAUGUUAAAGAACUUUUGCAACCAAUAAUUGAAUUCGAACCAUCAUUAGGAAGCCCUCCGCAGGCACCUAAACAUGUUACGGCCGCGUCAAAUAAACCACGCAAACCGCGUGAGCCAAAAGAACCUAAAGCAAUAAAACCAAGAAUUCCUAAAAAAGCCAAGAAAGUCGAACCACAGGCUGAAGAAAUAAUGUCUGUAGAUACAGAUCACGAGACCAAUGAUGUAGCCAGUGUCGUAUCUUCCAAUGCAUCUAUUUCUCCAAUAUCUUCAUUGUCAACUUCCCCUGCACCAAUUGAGUCAUCUAAUGAAUUAUCCGAGUCUGACGAGGCUACUACUGUUACAACUGUACAAAAACCAAAGAGAAAACGUAAGCAAGCUGAUUCCGGAGGCCGUGUAAAUAAAGUCGCAAAAACUGCUCUAAACCAAUCCAAUGCCACUGAAUACGGUAGCCUUAUGUUGACUUAUUUCACAACAAAUGCCGAUUCAAUUCCGGAUUUUAUUAUACAUCCACCAUCCGAUUUUGAUGCCAAUAUUAUAAUUGACCAACAAGGUCACACUGCAUUACACUGGGCUGCUGCCAUGGCUAAUUCUGAUAUGGCUUCUUUGUUGGUUAAAGCUGGAGCGGAUCCUGAUCGCGGAAACGUUCUCGGUGAAACGGCCCUCAUGAGAAGUGUCAUGUUUCCAUAUAAUUAUGAAAAUAGAAGCUUUCAUGAUAUGGUACAACUUUUGUUCAGGACUAUUGGAAAUCUCGAUAUUCGUGAUCAAACAGUACUACAUCAUGUUGCUAUAUAUGCUACAACUAAAGGUAGGGUCGGACCUUCUAAGUAUUAUAUGGAAGUGCUUCUUACUCAACUGGCACAACAUCCCAACGAGGAAUAUCGAAGAACCAUUAUCAAUAAGCAGAACCAUGAAGGUGAUACUGCUCUUAAUAUCUCGGCGAGAUUUGCAAACAAAAGACUUGUGAAACUUCUUGUUGACGCUGGAGGAGAUCCUCAAAUUCGAAAUAUUCAAGGAAAAAAUGCGGAGGAUUAUAUAUUAGAAUUGGAUCAUGAAUCAAAAUUCCGAACUGAACAACCAAAUCGACCACAAAAUAUACAACCUGUAAACGGAAUCGAAAACCAUGAAAAUAAUGCAUCAUCUACUUCUGUAGUUGUUGCAACAUCUAAUCGGGCGGAGUUUUUAAUACAAGAUGUUAAUGCAAUAUUACAAGAGUUUAAGAACUCUUACGAAGUUCAAAUACAAGCUAAAGAUAAAGAAUUGUUGUUGGCUCAAACACAGCUAACAUCCAGUCACGAAGAUCUAAAAAAAACCAAUAAUUUGAUAGAUGAAUUGCGAGAAAAGACCAGAGCUAUGCCGGAACGUAAAGAGCGCAAGAAUGAUUUAAGCAGUUUGGUGACAAAUAAAAUAGAGAACCGGAUGAAUCAAAGGUUAGAGGCUUGUAUAGCAAACGAAAAGAAAAAGGUUAUAACAGUUAUAGAUACAAGUCCGGAUAGAGUUAAGGAGUUUAGCCAAAAAUUGGACGAACUUAAGGAAGAAAGACGUGAGUUACUUAAUAAGCUGAUUGAAAUAAAGAAAACUCCAGAAACGAAAAUACUCCCUUACAAACGAGUGAUCAACAUGUUUUCUGGAGUACCAACAAGCCAACCACAAUCAUACCCUUCUGAUACGAUGGCAGAAAACAAUUCAUCAGCUACUAGACUAUAA